UUCAUUCAACCAUCAUCUUCCCUAGAUGAGCUUUUGAUUUUCAGAGUCUGUUCUGUUUCCUGAACUGGAUGUUCUCCUAGCUGAUAUUUCAACUAGCUAUAUUUCAUUAUUUGGUUACUAUUACCUAAUAAAUUUUCUUAUUUCCCCAUCAGGAAGGGGAUACACGUGUUAGUGUUGAAAUCCUGUCACUGCUAUUACUGCAGAUAUAUUUUAUUACCUCUUGUCAUUUAUCAAGUGCCAGUGCAAAUCCCUUUAUCAGAGUAUGCUGUGGGUUCAACUGCCAACGGUUGCAUUAGCCAGGUGGCAGCUGCACAGUGGGAAGCCAAAAAAAUGGUUUCCUUUCUCCUCUCCACUCUACCCCCUCUCUCUUCUCUCUUUUCCUCUCCCUUUGUCUCUCCUCCCCUCCACCCCUACUCCACCCUGGUCUCUCUCUCUGCAUGGUGCCACACUCAAUGGUGCUGUCCACUGCAGUUCUCUAGUGUGUUCUCUGCAUUCAACACUGAUCAGUGUUAUCAGUCUUCAGCCUCUGCAAGGAUUUGAGGACUUUGGCAUUGUUACUGUCUAGAAUGAUCUGUCUGUUGGCAACAUUCAAAAUGAACCAGAAUCAAUUGCAUGUGGAAAAGUGGGUGAUAUAUGCUGACUUAAACCUACUCAGGAAUUCUGGCCUUGAAAUUUCAUCUCCAUCUCCUCCUCCUCAGAAUAUCUGCCAAGGUUUGUGCAAGCACCAAUUUCCACUGAAAUUUGUCUGUGUUUUGGUUAUUAUUAUUAUUAUCCUGUCUGCAAUAGGGUUUAGUGUUUCAGUCAUGUUAAUACAAAAAUCAUCAACAGAAAAACAUGUUCCAGAGAGUAGGAAGAACACAACAGAGAGGCCCCCUCUGUUAACUUGCACAGAACCGUGGAAACGACAAGGACAGAAAUGCUUGACUUUUUCAUCCACAUCAGACUCUUGGAAUACCAGUCAAACCCACUGUUCCAAAAAGGAAUCCACAUUACUGCUUAUUCAAGAUGCGAAGGAACUGAAUGAGAUACAAAGAACUGUAAAUGAGACAGGAAUGGAAUUUUGGAUUGGAUUAACAUUUUCAUCAUCAGAGAAGAAGUGGAAAUGGAUUAAUGAUUCUUUUUUAAAUCCUACUGGCCUGAAAAUUGUUGGUGAUGCUAAAGAAAACAGCUGUGCUUCCAUUUCAAAAAACAAAGUUAUAUCUGAGAAUUGCGAUGCAGAAGUUAAGUUUAUCUGCCAAAAGGAAUUAUAUCCUGUCAGCAAUGAAGGAGUGAAGAAACAUGUAUCUCUCUAAACAUCCAAUGAUGUAUUCAAAGAGAAGCAGACUAAUUUGGAAAGGGGUUUUGUAUUAAGCGUGGCAUCUGCAGUGGCAUCAUUGAUGCCUUGGAGCCUCCAGUUCAUCUCCAGUAAAAAAUAAAUGAUUUAUGA